AUGGCGCUAGCACCUGUAGAAAGGUUUGGAGGAAUAUUGAAAAGGAAAUCAGCUCACAUUGACUCGCUGCUGGCCAUGUCCUGUAUCGUCGUCAUUGGACUUGGCAUCGGUUGCAUGCUAAUAUAUAUAGAGCGCCCAGCAUUUUUUCCAUCUAUAGAAGGCAACUACAGAUAUGCAGCAAUAUCAUCAGAUUCUGCAACCUGUGCAAGAGUAGGAGUAGAUUUAAUGGGUCGACAACAAGGGUCCGUGGUAGAUGCUGCUAUCGCCACUCUUCUUUGUCAGUGUGUUGAUAACAUACAUAGCUGUGGUAUCGGGGGAGGCCAUUUUAUGACUGUAUAUAACAGGAAAACCAAAACAGCAUAUACAAUAAUUGCACGUGAAAUGGCACCAGGAAGUUCAUCAGAGGACAUGUUUGUCAAGGACACUAAUUCUUCAAUCGAAGGAGGGUUGGCAAUUGGAAUACCUGGUAACAUUAAAGGUUUUUAUGAAGUCUGGAAAAUUGGUGGAAAACUCCCCUGGAGGGACCUAUUUCAGCCGGCCAUCAAAAUGCUUCGUGAGGGAUGGACGGUGAAUUUCCUCUUGGCAAGAGCCAUGCGUAAAUUAACAGAAUCAGGCAUUCUUGAAAAACAAAGUAAUUUAAGACUAAUGGUAACAAAUCCUGAAACAAAUGAAGUCUAUACAGAAGGCGAGAUAAUCAAAAUGCCUGCUUUAGCCAAUACAUAUGAAGCGAUUGCAAAUGAUUCACACACCAUGUAUAAUGGUUCGAUGGCUAAAGACAUUGUCGCUGAUAUUCGGGAAGCUGGCGGAAUUAUAACAGAACAAGACUUACAAAACUACGAGGCAGUGGUAAAGGAACCAUUAGUGGUAAAACUGACAGACAAUACAACAAUAUUCACUCCACCACCACCUUCCAGUGGUGCAGUUUUCGCUAUGAUUCUUAACAUCGCAGAUAAAUAUGGAUUUACGCCUGACAGUGUAUCUACCCCAGAAAAAUCUAUUCUCACAUGGCACCGCAUUGUUGAAAUCAUGAAGUUUGCUUACGCAAAAAGAAGCAAUCUUGGAGAUCCGGAUCAGGAGAGUCAGAGCUUUAAAGAUACCAUUAAUUCAAUGAUAUAUAAUAUGACAUCAUCGUCUUAUGCUGAGUAUGUUAAAUCAAAAAUUUCGGAUAGCACUACACAGGAUACGACACACUAUGGUCCGACCUACCACGACUCCGCAAACAUGGGAACUUCCCAAUUAUCCCUCCUGGCGCCUAAUGGCGACGCCGUCUCUGUCACAAGUACAAUUAACUUAUUUUUUGGUUCAAAAGUUGUCGGAAGUAGAACAGGCAUAAUUUUUAACAAUAACAUGGACGAUUUCUCCACGCCUAACACGGUCAGCUAUUUCGGAUACCCAGCAUCGCCUGCCAACUUCAUUAAGCCCGGUAAAAGACCGUUAUCUUCAAUGUGCCCAAGCAUAAUAGUGGAUGCAGAUGGACAUGUGAAACUGGUGCUGGGAGCUUCAGGGGGACCAAGAAUUAUAUCGGCCACAGCAUUGGUGACAAUUGAAACCCUUUGGUUUAAGUAUGGUAUAAAGAAAUCAAUAGACCAUAAACGUCUACAUCAUCAGCUGUUUCCACCCCAUAUAAAGGUAGAGAGAGGAUUUGAUCAGCUUAUAGUCAACGGUUUAGAACAACUUGGUCACAAUAUAUCUAUAUCACGUACUUCCGGGUCUAAAGUCCAGGGCAUACUGCAGUUAGAGGAAGGAAAUAUAACAGCCAAUGCUGAUUACCGGAAACGUGGAGCCCCGGAUGGUUACUAAAACUCUGGAACACCAGUCCAUCUUCAGUUUCACAAAUGACUUUUUUGCACUUUCAAGUGAUAUAUGACGUCUUGCCUUUAGCACAAUAUAUAUUUUAUUAUUUAUACAAGUGUAGCACGAGCUUUGUCCACGUUUAUGAAAAGAAAAAAAAGGCACUGUACCGUAUUUUCUGGAGUCACGGUUUUGCAAUUCCUUCUCAUUUCACUUCAAGUUUUACAUGAGCGCCUGCACCAAAUUUCUGCAAAUUUCCGAUGAUGCAUUAUGAAUUUAUGUAUGAUUCUAAAAGCAAGGCGUACUUAAUUAAAUAAAAUCCAUACCAGUAGACAUUGUCGCCUGAGCUCAAGACAUUUAGUACUUCAAGCAAACUAUUCUUAAUAGAAAUAAAUGUAUCCUCCUAACAUGUC